GCAAUCAUAUAUGUAAUAUUCCCAUAUAGUCAGUUGGUAUCUACACUGCGCAUGCUUGAAAAUUUACUAAAAUAUCAGUAGUGGGAAAAUCUGAAGAGCAAUUUUGUGGUUAUAGUUGUGUUUACAUAUUUAUUAAUAAUAGUAAUUUGGAAAAAUUGUGCUUUAAUUUUUGGUUUUUUAACAUAUGAAUAUAUUAUUUUCAAUAACCAAUUAUUAAAAAAUGGUGAACUCAUGUUAUUUAUGUGAUAGAAAGGCAUCUCAAGCUGAUAAUAUUUCAUUGCACAGAUUUCCAAAAAAUUUGGACGUACGUAUAAAGUGGCUCAAUGCUUGUGGGCUAACUAUUAAUGAUGAUGUGAGAAGAACUUGUAUAUGUUCUAGACAUUUUAAAGCUGAAGAUAUUUGUCAAUCUAAUAUUUUUGGAAUUGUUAAAUCUUCGAUAAAACGUAAUGCAGUUCCUUCAGUUUAUGUUAAAAAUCCAAUCAAUAUUAAUACAAGUAAUAAACCUCAGUCAAACACCCCAUUAUCAGAUCUAUUUAAUGGGAAUGGAGUUUUCCAUCCAUUAUCAUAUAUUUUGGAAAAAAGUUCAGAAAAGAAUAAGUCCUUAAGUCAAUGUCAAAAACGUAAAUUUUUCGAGCCCCGUUAUGUUAGUAAAAUUUCACCAACAGAUUUUUCGACACCCAAAAAGGCUAAAAUAACCAUUGAUUUAAUUAAAAAAACUGAUAAAAGAAAAACAGAAAAAAUAAAACGGCUACAGAGACAAAAUAGAAAUCUACAAAAAAAAGUAGUAUCUUUGAAAGAAUUAAUAAACCAUCUUAAAGACAAGCCUACGUUAAAAGAUGAAAGUGGUGAUGCUCUAAAGCUUCCCUGUUGUAUAAAAGCUUGUAAUAAUCAAGCUAAAAUACAACAUCGAUUUCCGAAUCCGGAAAAACAUCGCAAGAGAUUCGACGAAUGGUUAAGAAUCAUCGGAGACAGGUCCCUUCAAGAAAUGAACCCUUAUAAAGUUUACGAGGGAAAAAGAAUAUGUCAUAACCAUUUUGAGAAAGAUUAUUUUUCAAGUACGUCUUCCAGACUCCACAGAAAUGCCUUUCCAUCGCUUCUUCUCAACAGACAAGAUACUUCGGCUCCAGUAGAUAUAUUGGAUGAGCAUAGUUAUGCAAAUAUUCAUGAAAUUACAAGAUUUCUGAAUAUUCCAAAAUGUAUUUAUGAAGAUCAUGACUAUGCAGGCGCCUAUGAAAAUAGAUGAUAUCCAACAAGUAAGUGUUUGGAGGUAUGCGGGAUUACGAAAACUAAAACUCUUAUAUUUACUAAACAUCCUAUAGAAUAAAUAAUUAAAUUAACAAAAUGCAUCUGUAGGUUCACUCAAAAUAUGUUUUUAAAAUAAAAUCAACCAAAUUAUUUGAAAAAAUAUACCUAGUUGUGAGUUUUAUUGCUUCAAAAUAAAAACAAUAUGGAUUCCGCUGAGUUUACCUAAAGUUCCUUUAUAGGAAAAUCCGAACACGCGAUUGGUUGGCCUCUAGCUAAGAAAUUAAUGGCGGCUCAAAUAAGAGAAGGGUGCAAAAAAGUGUUCUGUUCAAAUAAUCGCAAAAUGUUUUUGACUAUUGAGUCAUAUAUUCAAUUUAUAGAAGUUUUAUUAAGGAAAUAACAUUUAUUUAUUUAUAGGCAUAAAUAAUUAGGUUUUGUUUACAUUCGCGAAGCCACAUGAUAGGAGAUACUGACGAAACGCGCGCAAGCCCGGGCGCCAUUAAUUUCUUGAAAGAAGAGAAUAGAAAAGGACACAAAGUUCUAUCUCUUUUAAAUGGGCGUUACAGUUUAUGUACAGACUUUCCUAAAGGGACUUUAGUUUAUCUAGUCCCAUAGUCAACUACUAAAUUCUUAAAACAAUGAUUCAACAAUAAUUAAAUUUUAUUUUUAUAUAUUUAAAGUUAUUCAAACAACUAUUAAACUAUGUAUAUAGUUAUUUAUAUGUACUAAGUAUUUUCUCUUAGCGGUAAAAUUAUUUUUUUCAACGAGGUGCGAGGUAAAACUGAUUUCUGCUUCAUCGUCUAUAAUAAAUGAAUUGUAAUAACACGUCGUCAUAUUAAUCUUUUAGAAAUGUAGGUAUAUUAAAAUCUAAAAAAGAACAAACGCAAAUUUCAAUAUCAACCUGUUUUUUUUUUCAUUUUUGAAGUAAGUGAUCUGAUAUUAUGCCACGUAAUUAACUAUAAAUAGUUUAACCUUGGUUUUUCUUUCAUUUGAGUACUUUCAAUGCCGGUAGUACCGUUGAUACUGUAAUUUAACAACUCCUACCACUUUUAAGUUUUAUUUAAAUAUAAUAAUAAAAGUUGGACUGAAUUUUCCACCAGAGUCGAUAAUUUUUGUAACAAAAAAAAUAGUAGGAUAAAACCCAUUGGAAAAGGAGGAGAAUUUAACAAAAGUAAAGGAACGAUCUGAGUUCGGAAAGAAGAAGAGGGGGAGUUUUUGAGGGUAAAAAUCGAUUUCUGGAAAAACUACGGGUCGUACGGAAAAAAGUCAUAUAGGAAAGUUGUAGUUAAUGAAAAGAUCUAAAACUUUUGUAUUUACACUUUUUUUACAUAACCUCAAAAUUUAUGCGGUAGGGUGCUUUUUCGAUUUUAAAUCAAAAUGGGGUUUAUAAAAUAAAUUACAGUGUACUUGGGACAUAAAUAGGUGUAUUUUUACAAAACUCCGUGAAAAAAAUGAAGUUUUUUAUAAAAGAUUUAAAUAAAAAACUAAAAACUUGGUUAUUUCAAUUUGUUAAAAAAAAUUUGAGGUUAUGUGAAAAAAGUGUAUAUACAAAUGUUGUAGAUCACCAUUAAAUUACUUUUCUUUUCAUUUUUAUUAUAUUCUCAUCCUUAUCCAAUGGGUUUCACCCUACUAUUAUUAUUUUUAACUUUUUAUCAUUUUUAAAGCUUCCACCCUGAUCUAUUAGAAAAUAAAAUUAUUGUGCUCGUAAAAAAGAAAUGAACGUAUCGAAAUUCUCGACUAAGCUUUUAUUUAAGAUGUAAAAAACAAAUAAAAGCGAACCUUUUAGCCUACUUGUUGACAUUAGCACGUGACCUACUGAAAUUAUGUAGGUCAAUGAACGUUACAUAUUAAAACAAAGGUAAUUGUUGUUCAAUGCUCACGUAUCCAGUCGAUCAUAACAGCAAGAGAAAUCUUACAAUAUUCACAUUUUUUUUAUAUUAACAUAUACGAGGGUUGUUUUGUAAAUUUUCACAAUCCAACUAUAGGUGGCUACAUUGUUUUGUACCAGAGGCAAUUUAGAAUUGACCUCAAGAAGCUACAGAAGACUUUCAAAAGCGAUAAUUCACUUUAUAUCGAACUUAAUCGUUUCUGUUUCACUUUUUGUGAAAACUCAAUGAACAACCCUCUUAAAAUCAUAUAUAUAAUAUAUUUAAUACAACUAAAUAUCUCCAAUUUUUUAAAUUCCAAAAUGGAAGACUAAGGUUAAAUAUUUAGCUAGUGUGAAUGUAAAUUGUUUAUCAUUAUACUCUUGUUGUGUCACAGGUGUUUUUUCAUGGGUGUAGCUUAACACGAACAAAUAUUUAUACAUGUGGGAUUACGAGAAACGCGUUAUUCAUAUUUUUAAUUUUUUUUUAAAUUGUUGAUUUAUCUACCAGAUCUAAAUAUUCAUGGUCAAUUCAAUUUCGUAUACAUCCUAUUUCAUAAUUUUUAUCAGAUGGUAAUUAUUAUGUACUUUUGUUGAAUCGGCAGUAUUCCAUUGUGUUUAGAAAGUAGUGCAUUACAAAUUAUUUCGAUUUUUAAAAAUUAGUGUCAACAAAUAACGUCCAUUUUGUGAUAUGAUUUAAAAUUUGCUUACCCUAUCUCUUUAUUAAAACAUAAACACAACUUUUCGAAAACGUUUGUUCUUUUGUUAACCUCAAGCAUUAACAUCAAUUUUAACUGUAUGAAUACAAGAUUUUUUUUUGUUAAAACACUUGCCAGUAUUAUUAAUUCACAUAACACAUUAUCACUUUAGUGUUAAUUAACUCGUGGGCGUUAUAACAUCAAAUAUUAUGUUUAUUUCGUCACCGCGUCGUUUCUUAUAAAACCGGUUUUAUUAUACUGAAAUAUGGCGCUUAGAUUUUCGUCGAAGGGCUUGCGCACAAAUUACCCGCCGAAUUGUGUGCACCUGCGUUGGAGUCGGUGAUGCCAGAUUUAUAAUUUAAAUUUCUUUGUAAAAAUGAGUAUUGGAAUGUAAUUCAUUUUAUAGAGAAAUUUCACACAUUAUGUUUUAAGUGGAUAGUCUCAACAAAAUAAAAAUAUAGAGGUGAAAGUGAAGAAAGACUGCGCUUAAUUAAGUAACCAUAUGUACAUAAAACGAAAUCGAAAAUUUUAUUGUAUGUUAACUGAAAUUAACGGUUAAUGAACUCCCAUUUAUUUUUGAGCCAUAAAAAUAUAAUUAAAGGGUGGUAGGAGUUCUAUUAAUGACUAUAUGUGAAUCAAGUUACAUCUUAUAGAGAACUAACAAUAUAGCCGAUAAGAAAAUUUUAUAAAUCUGGCAACAAAGCGUGUAAAUGAUAUAUUUAGAUAACAGUAUCUAACCUAAAAACACGAAUCGCGAAUAAAAAAUAAUUUUUUUUGUUGUAUGUAGAUAUUAAUAUUGUUUUUCAGAAUAAAUGAUUAUUAUUAUGUCUUUAACGAUCAAAUUUUAUUCUAUAAAGAAUAUUUCUACUUCAAGUAACGCAAGACUAUAACCUUGGCAUUAUCUUUCACUAGCAAGUAGAUCACGUUUUUUUUACUAUAUCUGAUUUCAUGUAGAUGACGAAACUUUUGAUAUUAAACCAUUUGUAUCAAAUAAUAUGUUAAAUCAAUUAAAAUAUGAGGUAAAUUUAUUUAUUAUUUAGGGGUAGAGCAUUACUAUUUAUGUGUAACGAAAUGGUAACACCAGUGCUGCUUGGUGUAAUUUAUUAUGGUAACUUUGACAUUAGAAGAAGCAGAACAAGAACCAUCGAAUUAACAUUGUAAUUCUAUGUUCAGAUCUGUCAUGUUUCGACUAAAAUGUUGAAGUGUAUUGAGAAUCAAUAAAAAUAUUCACCAUAA